CUCGUCAUGGAAGACAAUCAUACUCAGGGUGGAUCUGAUGCUCCCAGGGAUGCAUCUUGGAUGGGCGCGAAUACUCUUAUGAUACGAGCUUGCGAUGCUUGUCGAAAUCGCAAGAUCCGGUGUAACCGACAGGAUCCUUGUUCGCAUUGUGAGCAAAAGAGCAUUGAGUGUACCUAUGCCGAGAUUAGGGCCAAGGAGAAACGCACUCGCAUCCACUUUACUCCUUUUUAUGAAAGAAAAAUCGACCACAUCGAACGUCAACUCGACGGCAUCAUCGGAAUUCUGCAGGAUCUCCAAGUAAGUCGGCCUGACCCCCAACGGUCUGGGCUAACAAGGAGUACAUCAACUCCAUCCAACGAGUCCCAUUCCACGCCCGCGGUAUCCAGCCAUGCACCCCAGGCCGACUCAGCCGGUGGGCCACUCGUGGAAGGGGACUCCUCAUUGACUGCGCACUCGGCCUUUGCAAACGACUUCCUGCACAACGUUCUGGGCCCGGAUCCUGUGCAGGAUUGCAGUCUAGAGCUGCGUCAGACUCUAGAUGCGCUUGCUCAUACUGUGGCGACCCUCAAAAAGCAGACUACGUCCAGCGAAUCACUUGGCACUCGGUUGACGCCUACUCCGCAUCUCCGAAUCCAACGUUCCGAGCUCCCUCCCAUUGAGAAGGCUGUAGCCCUCAUACGUCUGGCCAAAUCCCAGAGCCUCGCCGGUACCGGCUGGAUCUACGAAUUCCUCCAACUGAAUCAAUUCUCAGACAUGUGUCUCGGGGUCUAUUUCUCUGAGAAUUGUCCGGGGACCGAUUUCAUAACCGUGAAUGCCGGCCUGCACUCUCUUUUCUGGGACUACGCGUUUCAACUACCCGAGGCAGGUCGGGAAGAGUACUUUGGCCAUGCUCGUCUCUGCGAAGCCAAUCUGGAAACGGCACUGGCCGGCCUACCUCUGCAUCUCCCUGCAACCUCGAGCACAAUUCUGGCCCUGACGUUCGGGGCGUUCCACUUCGUCGAGCUUUCCAAGCCUUCUAUGUCCUGGACAUAUGCAUCCAAGGCGUCGGAGCUAUGCCAGACCCUCGGCUACCAUCGGACUUCCUCCAUGAAGCUCGACUCGCCCGAAACCACCCAGUACAAGCUUUUUCUCUUUUGGGGCGUCUACUGUCUCGACAAGAGCCUGUCCCUCCGCCUUGGACGCGCGUCAACCAUCCCUGACGGCGACAUCACCGUCCUGCGACCCUCGGCCAACCACUGCCACGCCCCGGUGAUGGCGUACUUCCCUCUGUGGAUCGAAUCCGCGCGCUGCCAGGGCAGCAUCUACGCGAUGCUAUACAGCCCUGCCUCGAUCGCCCAGCCCGACGCCGUGCGGCAAGCGAGAGUCCAAAGUCUUGUGGAUGACCUACACGCGUUGGAACAAGCCACUCAAGAGACUCAUAACCAAUGGAUCCAAGCAGCUGGGCAGAGGUCCGGCGAAGCCCUGAUAGAAUUUUUCGCGCUCUCCGACGACGUCCUGCGCCUCUCUCUCCUCACGCUCGUCCAUCGGGCCGCGCCCCCGACCCCCGACUCGCCCACCAGGUUCAGCUCCAACUGCAUCCAAGCCGCCGAAGCGACGUUGAAGAGACAUCUCGACUGUAUGGCCGUGAUCCACAAGAACCCCCCCAUCUACUUCUCCAAGUACAUUCACUGGACCCUCCUCUUCGCCCCCUUCUCGCCCUUCAUCGUCCUCUUCUGCCACAUCAUCGAAACCCAGAAUCACCGCUACUACCUUCCGCUUCUCCAGGCCUUCGUCGAAUCCAUCCACCCCGCCCCGACGGUCUCCGACGCCGCCGCACGCAUGUACCGGCUCUUCCUGGUCCUCUACAACGUCGCCCGCUGCUACGUGGAGUGCCGCCGCACAACCACGACCUCCCAGCGGAAGCACCAGCACCAGCACCAGCACCAGCCGCACCAGCCGCAUCAGCCGCCGCCGCCGCCGCCAGACCCGACCGCGACCGCCGCGUGCGCCGAGAUGGAUCACCACCUCGCCGCCCUGGGUCUGUCGGCGGCCCCGAGUUCUUGGGGGGAUGGCGGCGGCGGCGGUCCUCAACUUCAGCAGUCUCUGCACCCCGACCCGGUCCAUGGGUUGCUGGUCGAUGAGCCGAUGAUGCGGAUGGGGAACGAGGCCGAGCUGGAGGGCUGGUUCGCCAGUAACCGGGCGAUCAUGGGGUUACUCCAGGAGUCGUCGGGAGUCGAAUUCCUGGAGGAGUUUUGAAUUAUGCCAAACACCAGAUUCUUUAAACCAAAAAGGAAAAUCUCUUGACAGGCUCGGCGGGAAUCAGAAUGGUAGUACAGCAGAUGAAUAUAUACAACUCC